AUCGUGUCGCGUCAUUAGCUCCGCGACACACGCUUGUUAGCCGGGGGUGGCUAGCUGCUGAGCUAACGUCAAGGCGGACAAUCGGCAUCGGUCGCGGGGGUCUCUGUGGAGGAGGAGCCGCUGCUGGGGGCACCGACACACACACCGACACAGCAACACACACACCGGAGGAGACACACCGACUCACCGACACCAUGAACGUCGCUAAGAGCGGGUAUCGAGUCUUCUCAGCCAACUCGUCCCCAGCCUGCACGGAACUGGCCAAGAAGAUCACAGAGAGGCUGGGAGUGGAGCUGGGGAAGUCUGUUGUCUUUCAGGAGUCUAACAGAGAGACGAGAGUGGAUGUAAAAGAAUCUGUUCGGGGACAAACCAUCUUCAUCAUCCAGACAAUACCAAGAGAUGUCAACACGGCCAUCAUGGAGCUGCUGGUCAUGGCCUACGCUCUCAAGACGUCCUGUGCAAAGAACAUCAUCGGAGUUAUUCCUUACUUCCCCUACAGCAAGCAGUGCAAGAUGAGAAAGAGGGGCUCCAUUGUGUGCAAGCUGUUAGCUUCAAUGUUGGCCAAAGCAGGACUAACACACAUCAUUACCAUGGACCUGCAUCAGAAGGAGAUCCAAGGCUUCUUCAGCUUUCCGGUGGACAACCUGCGUGCCUCGCCUUUUUUGAUACAGUACAUCCAAGAGGAGAUUCCUGAUUAUCGAAACGCCAUCAUUGUAGCAAAGUCCCCAGCAGCAGCGAAAAGGGCUCAGUCCUACGCAGAGCGCCUGCGUUUGGGUCUGGCUGUGAUUCACGGCGAGGCGCAGUGCUCCGAGUCCGACAUGGCCGAUGGUCGCCACUCGCCACCAUCUGUACGCAACACCACCGGACACACAGGACUGGAGCUACCUUCAGGCAAACAACAAGCCCUGUUCCCCGGCAUAGAGCUCCCAAUGAUGAUGGCCAAGGAGAAACCUCCCAUCACUGUAGUCGGAGACGUGGGGGGGAGAAUUGCCAUCAUUGUGGAUGACAUAAUAGAUGAUGUCGGAGACUUCGUUGCAGCCGCAGAGAUCCUGAAAGAAAGAGGAGCCUAUAAAAUUUUCAUCAUGGCCACACAUGGUUUACUGUCUGCUGAUGCUCCGCGCCUCAUAGAGGAGUCGGCCAUUGAUGAGGUGGUGGUCACCAACACCGUCCCCCAUGAGGUGCAGAAGCUGCAGUGUCCCAAAAUCAAGACGGUGGAUGUCAGCAUGAUUCUGGCUGAAGCUAUUCGCCGCAUCCACAACGGAGAGUCCAUGGCCUACUUGUUCCGUAACAUCACUGUGGACGACUAGAGUUCUCAGACGGUGGAGGCUGAGGUGGGUCGGACAGUGACUGAGCGCCGGUGCACUUCUUCCCUGUCCUGUAAAAAAAAAACAUGCUAAAGCCAUGUUCCAUGUGCUCUCUGUUGUCUCAAGGAUCGAAAAUGCUCAAUGUUAUUUAUCUUUCUGAAAGAUGUAAAAAAACGUGAAGGAUGAUUUGAGCUUGAAUGCUUCUCGUCAGAUUCUGAAGCUUUGGUUCUUUACUAUGUUUUGCUGCUGUCGUUGAUGUCCCCAACAUUUGUAAAGAUUUGUUGUCGUACCUCAUAUUUAAUGAUUUAAGGAGCUUCAUCUGCAGACAGAGAAACAGAUGAGUUCCUGAUGCUCUUGCUAGCCCUCGUGAUCGGGGGUGCUUAAGCACUGUGAUUCAAAUGCAUUUAAUGCGAUGUGUUCAGACUACUGGACUCACUCCUGCUCACAAACUACUGAAUAUUUAUUAUGCAGCUUUUUUUUGAAGGAACAUUUGGUAAAAGUUUGAAGUUUGUCGCAAUCUGCUGAAACAAAUGGGCCGUCCGUUUACAUUGUCUUUUAUUAGAUGGUCUGUUCCGCUGAGAUAUAACAAAUACCUAGCGAACAAUGUGGUUUAGGUUUUGUUUGCAGCUAUUCUAAGAAAUCCUCCUUUGAGAUUCUUGCUCUUACCUUAGUAGAUGUGAAUGGGACUCGGGAGGUGUUUUAAUUUUAGGAUUUGAAUUUGAUAUUUGAAAAAACAAAACUACCAGCUGUGGGCUAUAGAAAGUGUUUAAAGAAUUGUAUGACCACAAAUGAAAUUCACCUCCGAUGACGAGUAUUGUGGUUGCGGCAGACCUCCUAACACUGAAUGGCUACAUAUAACAGGCAAUAAAUAGAAAAUUAGUUCUUUGUGAUUGGGUGAACUGACCCUUUAAUUUAUUACAAGUUGACUGAACAUGCAUAGAACAACAUACUGUACUUAUUAACUGGCUGAAGGGGAACUUUAGCCUGGUUUCAUAGUUUAGUAGCAGUUACUGUAUCUGGUAACUGCGAGUUGAAAGUCUGGAGCUGCAGAGUUUGGUUAUAUGCUGCAUACUUAAUGGCGGCUUCGUUACGCUAUGUUAAAAUAAAAGUUCUGGGAGACAAACGAUGGUCAUAUCAUUUAAAAAAAAAUUAAAUGAAAAUAGACUGAACUGAUCCAUGCAUUCAGGGGCAUCACCGUGCUUAUACAACCAUUGCAAAUUACAAUUAGAGUGGCGACUUGCUGCUUAAGGGUUUCUUAUGCACUAUUAUAGUAAAUGGAAACCAUUGACUUUCUGGAAGGAGUAAACAGUAUCAGCAGCAGUCCUAUAGUAAGUGGGUAAAACCAUGUGAACAGCAGGAUGGUGCCUGGCCCUGUUCAGACCUGGUGUUAACAUCCGUCCUGAUUGUGUCUCCAAUUUCCACUGUGUGAUUCCCAAAUAAUUAUUUAUGUCAGUCUGAGUUCUCACAAGUGUGCGAUGACAAUGUUGGUGUGUCUGUGUGUCGGUGAGUGUUGGAGAGAGAAAGAGGAAAAGAGAGCGAGAGGGGUACGUAAAAAUACUCCAGGAAGGAUGUUAACACCGUGUCUGAACAGGUUCUACAUGUAGGUUUCUAAAUGACGGUGGUUUCUCCAUUUAACUCAACACGUGCACCCGUCUGUGACCUCUGAGUAAAUGUCAGAGAGAAGCUCAAGGGGAAUUCAGUGUGUCUGUGCUGGUUGACCCUUUUGCUCAGGGCAACAUGCUUUACAAGCCGGCGCACACGUGUUUGUAUUUGCAUUCAAAGUGUGAGAGUGGCUUCGGCUCAGUGGUCCUGUACAACGUUUGCUUUUUACCACGUUCUGUUGGAAUCCCCCUCAUGCUCUGAUGGUUUGAAGUUUUUUUUAAGUUAAGGGGAAGUCUGUAUCAAUGCUGAAGUAAUGGUCAUAUUGCAAAAUGUCAUGAUGUCUUCUCUGUAUGUACCCCCCCCCCCCUUUCUGCCUCUACAGCGUUUCUUUAUUGUCUAUGGAAAUAAAACUGUUCCCUCUUG